GAUGUAAAUGAGACUUAAUGUUUAAAGCUUGUAUUCACAAUAUUAGAAAUCGAUCCUAUAUUUCGAACGGAGGAAAAAUUGAUCACAUCGCUCAUUGACUCAAUCGCAUUGAGUAUUGAUCAAUUGAUCGAAAUGCCAUUAAUAUUGAUCAAUUUUUUUCUCUGUCCAAGAUCUUAAAUUGAUUUCUAGUAUCAUAAAUACAAAACUUAACUGACCAAUUGGCAACGUAGCGACAAUCAUAUCAUAAUGUAUUUGUACAUGCGUAGAAUGCUCUGAUGAGAUUUUUAUCGCACGAUCUCUCAAGUGGAUUAUGGUUAUGAUACGAUUACAUGAUCGCCACAACAUGGUGUAUAUGUAUAUCGGUCGUAAUGAUGUUCUUUUAGUAUUUAUUUAAUACAGGAAAGGAAAUUGUAGAAGAAAAAAAAAAAGAAUGUUGGGUAUAUUGUGCGGUCGUCUGCUACGCGAAAUGCCGUACGACAAGAAGCUGUGGAAUACAAUGAGGAACAUGUACAGCAGCAGUGUAACAAGACAAUUAAUUUUAUCUAAUAGAUUCCACGUUGUCGGCCGUAAUUCUAUGUUUCCUCUUCUCGGCGUCAGGUGUUGCAGUGGCAAUGUAAUUGAUCGUGCUCAGAAAAAGAAGAAUGUGCCACAAUCCAAGUCUGUUGUGCCGCCAGUGAAAUUUGAAUCAGUUGUUACUGGAUUAACUGGAGCAAAACCUGGCCAACAAAAAAGAAAUUGUUUCCAUCCUGGUGUCUCUGGUCUGAACAGAGAUGCGCUUGAUUUACAUAAUAAAUCAUCAGUGACUAGUACGGAUAUGUUAAAAGCCAUGCUCAGAUAUAUUUGGCCAGAAGAUGAUCCAGAAAUACGGAAACGAGUGAAAAUAGCAGUAGGUUUACUCGUGGGCGCUAAAGUCUUAAAUGUUCUUGUACCAUUUAUUUUCAAAUAUGCGGUAGAUAUUUUAAAUGUCCAUACUGCAACAAUGGGUGGUGGUGCUGUAAUGGAUUUAACAACCGCACCUGCAACAGUUGCGACUGUAGCAACAUCGCUACUUGUAGGAUAUGGAAUAGCACGGGCUGGAGCUGCUGGUUUCAGUGAACUUAGAAAUGCGGUUUUUGCGAAAGUCGCACAGCACUCCAUCCGUAAAAUAGCAAAAAAUGUAUUUAUACAUUUGCAUAAUCUUGAUAUGGCUUUUCAUUUAAAUAGACAGACCGGUGCUUUAUCGAAGACAAUCGAUCGUGGCAGCCGCGGUAUUAAUUUUGUUUUAAAUGCAAUGGUAUUUAAUAUUGUGCCUACAGUAUUUGAGCUAGCAUUAGUUAGUGCAAUUUUGGGGAUAAAAUGUGGACCGGAAUACUCAGCCGUAGCAUUAGGUUGCGUCGGUAUUUAUACCGUGUUCACAUUGGCUGUUACACAGUGGCGUACCAAAUUUAGAAUACGUAUGAAUAAAGCGGAAAAUGAAGCAGGCAAUAAAGCAAUAGAUUCGCUCAUCAAUUACGAAACAGUAAAGUAUUUUAACAAUGAGAAAUUUGAAGCAGAAAGAUACGAUGAAUCUUUAAAAAAAUACGAAACAUCAUCUCUCAAAACUAGCACGAGCUUAGCGAUGUUGAAUUUUGGACAAAAUGCUAUAUUCAGUAGUGCGCUGAGUCUUAUUAUGGUACUGGCAGCACAAAAUAUAGUAAAUGGUACUAUGACUGUCGGUGAUUUAGUUAUGGUGAACGCCUUAUUAUUCCAACUUUCAGUUCCUCUAGGCUUCUUAGGCUCUGUUUAUCGAGAAGUAAGACAAGCUUUUAUUGACAUGCAAAUCAUGUUUACUCUUAUGACAACAGACACUGCAAUCAAAUCAAAAGAAAAUGCAUUAAGAUUUUACGUGACACCAGAUUCAUCGGAAAUACAAUUUAGGAACGUAAAUUUUCAAUAUGUUGAAGGGAAACCUAUUUUUAAAGAUAUAUCUUUCACUAUACCUAGUGGCAAGAAGAUUGCUAUUGUUGGAGGAUCUGGUUGUGGCAAAACUACAAUCGUAAGAUUGCUGUAUAGAUUUUUUGAACCACAAAGUGGUGAUAUUUACAUUAAUGGUCAUAACAUUCGAGAUGUCGAUUUAGAGGAUCUUAGACAUUGCAUUUCAAUUGUGCCACAGGAUACAGUACUUUUUCACGAAAGUAUAUUUUAUAAUUUGCACUAUGGUAAUUUGAAAAAAUCGCGCGACGAAGUUUUCGAAGUUGCAAAGAUGGCAAAUCUUCAUGAUUCUAUAUUGAAUUGGCCGCAAGGAUAUGACACGCCUGUAGGAGAACGCGGCUUGAAAUUAAGCGGAGGAGAAAAACAGAGAGUUGCAAUUGCUAGAGCAAUUUUGAAAGACAGUCCUAUAUUGAUCUUUGAUGAGGCUACUUCCUCAUUGGAUUCUAUUACGGAACAUAAUAUACUUGAUGCUCUGCAUAAAGCAACAGAGAAACGGACUUCGAUAGUGAUCGCACAUCGUUUAUUAACAGUUAUGGAUGCUGACGAUAUACUUGUUCUAGAUCAGGGUAAUUUAGUUGAAAGAGGUACACACGAAUCGUUGUUAUCUAUACCAAAUUCUCUGUAUAGCAAGUUGUGGGAAACUCAAUACUUAGGUAUGAGAAAACAUCAAGAACAAAAAGAGAAGAAUCAAGCUGAACAGCUUAAUUAAAAAUAAUAUAAUCUAGGUAAAAAUAAUAUUUAUCAUGUGACACUGAAUGAAAGUCUUAGUCUUUUUAGAAAUUAACUAUCUUAUCUUUCAUAAUGAGAAACAAAUUUAACAAAUGUAUAAGAUAUUCAAAGUAAUUUUAAAUAAUAAUAAAAUAUUACAAUGCUGUGAAAUGUAAGAUAGAAACAUAAGAUUAAAGUCAUAUUUGUUAUAAGUAUGUAUAUAACUCAGUGUAUAUACAAACAUUAAAUAAUAAUAAACAAAUGUUGCAUUUG